UUUCUAUUUUUCAUUUAGAAAUAGAAGUUGCUUAGUAUCAUGCAAUAUCACUAAUUUCUAUCAGUAUCACCAGCAACAACUGACAUUGGAUUGAUUAUGCAAUACCAAUUUCCAGUAAUUGUGCAAUAAAGGGAAUAAGGUCGAUACAAGACACUGUAACACUAGCAAUCACCGUGAAAUUAACCUAGACCGGCUGUUUUCACUUUACAGAAAUUUGUUGAGAGUUACGCCCCUUGUGCAGUUUUCAGAUUUUGGAGAUCAGAGGAGGUUGUCCAUGCUUUCAAGAUGGCGUCGCAAUGGCCUGAAAUUUCAACAGCAAGGAAAGAAAAGAGAAAAGAACUCACUCUUCAAGGAUCUGAAAUCAGUGAACGAAUAGAAAAUGAGGGUCUUCCUAAAGAAUUGUUUAAACUUAAUCUUAAUUAUCUGGUGAUUAGUAAAACUAGUCUUGUGGAGCUCUCUGACUCCAUAAGCAAAAUAUCAGAUUUGAUGAGAUUAUGUUUACCAAACAACAAAUUGAAGUCGUUGCCUGCAUCAAUUGGAUCGCUAACAAAAUUGAAACUGUUGGAUUUAUCAAACAAUGAACUGGAAUGUCUUCCAGAUGAAUUGAACACUCUAUUAAGUUUGGGAACAUUGAAUCUGAGUGUCAACAAGCUAACUAAACUUCCUGCCAUAGAGGGUCUGACAGCUUUAACCACAUUUGAUGUUUCUUACAACCAGUUAGAAUAUCUUCCAGAUGGUAUGUGUGAGAAUCAUGAUUAUCUGACAGAAAUUAAAGCCAGCCAUAACAAUCUGGUUGAACUACCUGAUGGAUUAAAUAAUUUGGCAAGAUUGUCAACCUUAGAUGUCGCUGACAAUAAAUUAAAAGAUAUCCCAUUUACACUCUGUGAAUGUUCUAAAUUAAAGGAGUUUAUUGGAAAAGGUAAUACUAUUACUGAGAGAAGAUUGUCCAAAAUGGUUGAACAAGGUCAAAUGAAGGGAAUGAUGAGUUAUCUAUCUACUGAACUCCAGAAAAAACGUGCAUUGGAGAGUAAAGGAGAAAAGAAACCAAAGCCUAAGAAAAAAAAGAAAGCUAAAGUAGAUGAUGAUGAUGUAGAAGAGUUGACUAAAGAUAUGAUAAAUAUUUUACAUUUUCCAAUCUCAGAAGAAAAUGGUAUCACAGUUUCUGUUCAAGUUCCUGUCAUCACUGUUCGGCCAUUUAUAGUUUGUUGUAUUGUACGCAAAUUGAAUUUCAAAAAGUCUUUGGCAAUGUUCAAACAUUUCAUUACUUUACAAACAAAACUUCAUGACACAAUUUGUGAACAAAGACAAGUAGCAACAAUUGCAACACAUGAAUUAAAAUCUAUCAAGGGGCCACUGACUUAUACAGCAGAGUUUCCUGAUUUAUUAAAGAUAACUCCUUUAUUUAAAUUGAAAGAAGUAACAGCUAAGAAAUUGGUCACCAACUUAUUUGAAGAUGCAGAAGCUUUGAGAAAAGAGAAAAAGAGAAGUACUAUAAGUGGAAUACACAAAUAUUUAGAAUUAUUGAAAGAUAAAGUACAGUAUCCAUGUUUAAAAGAUGCUGAAGAUAAUGUGAUUUCCUUUCCACCAAUCACAAAUAGUGACAAAACAAAGAUUAGCAGUGAUACAACAGAUAUCUUAAUUGAAGUAACCAGCUCGACAAAUCUGGAUUCUUGUAAAAAAGUUAUGGACGAACUAUUAAGAGAGAUGUUAAAAAUGGGUGUUGGGUGUUCGGAAGAUGAGGAACCACCUAGUUCUAAGGAAGAAGCAACAGAGGAAGAUGGAGCUGAGCCUGAAGCCACGCCUAAAAUUCCCAAAAAUCAUCAUUUAGUUGUAGAGCAAGUUAAAAUCGUUGAUCAUGAAGGGAGUUUAAAAGUUGUAUAUCCAUCAAGAACUGAUUUAUUAAAUCCACAAUAUAAAGUUAUACGUAACUUUUAAAUACAUUUUAAAUGUGAUUUCAUGUGGAAGCUUUUAUUUAUGAGUAAUAAUUUGGUGAAAAAGAUUAGAAAAAUAAUUUUAUAUAAUUUUUUGAAAAAUUGGAUUUUCCCACUAUGUAAUCAAAACUAAAAUUUUCAUCAUUUCAAAUUCCUUCAGAGUCGAUCUCUGCUGCAUUGCUGUAAUCAGUAUUAAAGGGAUUGUGAGGAGAUUUUCUGAAAUUUGAUGUGUAUUGGAGACACUGAUAGCAUCAAUUUGCUAUUAUUCGAUAACAUCAUGAAACAAAAUAUGCUUUCACAUAGUUUUAGUGGAAUUGCAGGUACCACAGGCAUAUGAUUGGAAAUUGGAAUUGUGUAAAUUGAUGCUAUCAGUGUCCUGAAUACCCUUGGUAAAUAUAGAGAACCUUGUACCAAUCCCUUUAAGUAAUAAUGUAAUUCCCAAAAUUAUCAUUUCAAGUGUAAAUUAUACCUACAAUUAAUCAUGUAUGUAAUGGAGAUACGGAUCCUGAGUCUGGCAGAAUGUCUCAGAAUAAUUAACUUACUCUGGACAUCUCCUGUAGUUUGAACUCUAUGACAAAUCUUUGAGUGACUCUCACACCAUAGUGAUCACCACUUGUGUAUUGUUGCAAAUGAACACUUUUGUGUUGUGGUAAUUGCUAUGGUGUGAGAGCACCUUUACAUAAUUUAAAUGAAAUAU